GGCCUGGCGGUCGGCGGCACGGCGGACUCGGUUUCCCAGCGUGCCCGCGGGAAGGGGGUGGCAUGGCGGGCAAGGAUGACACCGGAGUUCGACGAAGAAGUGGUGUUUGAGAAUUCUCCACUGUACCAAUAUCUGCAGGAUUUGGGACACACAGAUUUUGAAGUAUGUUCCUCGGUGUCACAUAAGGCAGAGCAAUGUGCAGCAGCAGAGAGCCAAAGGGAGCAGACUGUGCGUGCUGCCCAGAAGCAAGGCAUCCUGUCAAAACUAGUUGAAUUUUUUAGAAUCUGGUUUCCUUUUCCACAAUAUAAGAAAAACAAUGACAUACUUCACCGACUGGAUGUUGGAUUUCGAUUUGACACGCUCCGUACCAUCCUGCAACAGGAAGUUCUGCUGCAGGAGGAUGUGGAACUGAUUGAAUUCCUUGACCCCAGUAUCCUGUCUGCAGGGCAGUGUAAGCAACAGGAAAACAGACAGCUUCCAACGCUACGCUCCCUAGCAACUCCUAAUAUUUGGGAUGUCUCGCUGUUCCUUGCCUUUGUAAGUGCACUGCUUAUGUGUCCUUCGUGGUGGAAGGAGUCCUCAUGGCUGCUGUGCGGACCCCUGCUGCUCCUCUAUGCGGCCUUUAGAGUGUGGGGCACGUGGAGAACAGCCAAGCUGCAAAUGUCCCUGCGAAAAUCCUGUAUCCAGCUGGAAGAAACCGUGGCCAGCAGCCGAGCCUUCACUAACCUCGUCAGGAAAGCGCUACGACUCAUUCAGGAGACCGAAGUGAUUUCCAGAGGAUUUACCCUGGUCAGUGCCGCUUGCCCAUUUAAUAAAGCUGGACAGCAUCCUAGCCAGCAGCUGCUCGGCCUCCGGAAAGCCGUGUACCGAUCCGUCCGAGCCAACGUCCGAGCUGCAAGACUGGCUACUCUGUACAUGCUGAAAAAUUACCCUCUGAACUCAGAGAGUGACAACGUGACCAGCUACAUCUGUGUGGUCCCCUUUAAGGAGCUGGGUCUGGGACUGAGUGAAGAGCAGGUCUCCGAAGAGGAGGCACACAAUCUGACUGAUGGCUUCAGCUUGCCUGCACUCAAGGUCCUCUUUCAGCUCUGGGUAGGGCAGAGUUCAGAAUUUUUCAGGAGGCUGGCGCUGCUGCUGUCCCCAGCCAACGCGUCCCCCAAGGCCUCGGUGUCCCCAGAGCGGCUGCCGCACCACGUCCUGUGCGAUGUGACCCAGGGCCUUCCCCACACGCACGCGGCCUGCUUGGAGGAGCUCAAGAGGAGCUACGAGUUCUAUCGCUACUUCGAAACUCAGCACCGGUCGGGCUUGGAAUGGCCGGCCAGGAGCAGGCAGGAGCCCAGAGAGCUCAACAGUCUCCAGACAGCGGUACGCAGCUUGCAGCUUCACCUCAAGGCACUGCUCAAUGAGGUAAUAAUUCUUGAGGAUGAACUUGAAAAGCUUGUUAGCACUAAGGAGACACCUGAGUUGACAACAGAAGCCCAUCAGGUUCUGGAACAAAAACUGAAGUUUAUUCAGCCUCAUAUCCAGGCAAGCAACAGCUGCUGGGAAGAAGCCAUUUCUCAGGUGGAAAAAUUGAGUGGAAGAAACCCAAAUAAAAAAGGCAAAAUUGAAGUUUCCCGUGACAACCUACAGCAUACUACAGUACCUUUAACACAGCCUGCCAUAUACAUAGAAAACAAAGAUCCAAUCCCUGAAGAGCAGGAACUGGAAGCGUAUGUUGAUUAUUCAGAUACAGAUAAUGAAUACAAACGGGAAGAUUUUUACUGCUUCUCCCAAGAAGAAAGAGAGAGGCAAGAGCGAGAGAGACAGGAAUCUAAGAGGGUGUUACAAGAAUUGAAAUCUGUACUGGGAUUCAAAGCUUCAGAAAUUGAAAGACAGAAGUGGAAACAGCUACUAUUCAGUGAACAUGCUGCAGUGAAACCCUUGUCUCCUGUAGAACCAUUGAAGCUACUAAAUAAUGUGGAAUCACAUUUGAAUUCAGAUACAGAAAAGCAGGACUGCAGCCAAAGUUGUGAUAAAUCUGAAGAAAAAUACUCUAAUCCAGAAGUAAAUGCUGCUGAUAAAAGCAGGACAGAAUAUUUGUAUGAAGAUCCUGAGAUGGAGAAAAACAAAGACAGUGUGGCAGAUAAAGAUGUUUCUACGGGGGCUGAAGAAAGAACGUAUUAUCAGUGUGAAGGGGAUGCUGAAGAACUCAAGCCAAGCAGUGCGGAUGGAAUAGAGGCUUCACAGCCUCCCUCUAAGGAUGCAUUACAUUCAAAAAUCAAGGAUAGGCUGGCACAGCUCCACAUAUCAACAGAUUUUAACUUCACAUCUGGUCUGGCUGCACAAGUUGCUGCCAGGUCUUUCACUUUUACUACAAUGCAGGAAGAGACUUUUGGAGAUGAUGGGGAGGAGGAGGAGGAAAAGACACAGGAGAAUGAAGACCUUGUGGAGAACUGUGAAAAUGAAGAGAGGCUCUGAAAGUGAAGGAACAGUAUAAGUCUGAGCUGAACUUCAUUAAACCAACAGCAGGCAGUUUGAUGGAAAAAAACUAAGGUGGAGGGUUGAAGCUGAAAAUACUGGAUGGGAAAAAAAGGAGACCUAAAUAUAAUACAUCAUGUUCCUAAGACUGAUACACUAAAUAGGACUUCUAAGUAUAUUGAAAAUUUGCAGGUAAGAGAAGUUUAGGCUGCAUCCAAGAAAUAGAUGGCUGUUCCCUUUUUAAGAUCCUAGUGAUGGGGGUUGGAAUGUACCUUUGUGUUUUGUUUUUUUUUAAUUUAUUUAUAUUAUGACAUAUUGUAGUUUUUUGUUUCUAAAAAGAAGGAAAAACAAUGUUUUGAUUUACAUCAGACUCCAUUUUUUUUGCUCUCUUAUUCUUUUGCCAUGGUAUCAGUGUUUGUUCCAACAAAAAAGCCAGGACAUUUCUUUUGGAAGAACCUGAAUUGUUCCCUGUGAUCUUCCCCCACCACUUUUGUUUCACUUCUUGUGUCUGCAGUGUGUUGGCUAAGCCACGAUAGGCAUUUGUGACUCUGCGACUAGUGAUGUGGCACCCAGCUAAAAUGUAGAAUUUUAAAUAAAAACUUGAAAGAGCUAGUAUUUGAUGUGUCCUGGGGUACGGGGCUGAAACAGUAUAAAGGUAAUCAUGCUUCAUAUUAAGGUUUAUUUAGAAUUUUAUGAAGAGUUAAUAAAUGAUUUCUGUAAGUUGUAAUUCAUGUUAGAGAAAUGUGUCGUAAGUAAAUUUUACAGAAGGUUAUAAGCACACCCGUAGAAAGUACUAUAGACAUCUAGCAUCUAUCUGUUGGAUUGACAGAGAUGAGAGUAAACACCUAUUUAUUAAGCCAGCUAUUAAUUGUUUGUUAAUCUUUUGUACACUGAAUCUUAAUGUAAUUGUUUGACUUGAUAUAAUGAUCAAUUAUACAUUUUUUGCUUAUGUCCUGAAGUAAUUUUCUUAAAGGAAAUUAUCUGAGAGCUUAACACCAUGCAGUAUUUUGUUUGAACACCAUAACGUCCUUUCACUUUUUUCUUAGAUCACCUGUGGGAUUAAGAAUCCAUGAGAGAACUAAAUUGUGUAUUUUGUUUCUUGUAACUUAAUUAACUGACUGAAGUCUAGAUGUUUGGUAUGAGGUUAUGCGAGUUGCUUUUUUCUCUGUCCUGGUGUUACAAGGAGCAGGAAACUGAUGCUCACCUCACAGAGGAGCUGGUUAAUGCUUUCAUUGCCCUCUCUUCCUCUUGCUCUCUGACACAAAAUGCAGUAAAGCUCCCAUGUCUCUAAUGGCGAGAGCACCACUUCUUUGUGUGGAAUACUCUACUUGGACCCAGAUGCACUUCCAGCACAAAACACUGCAUCAACUGAUGCAGUGUUAUACUUAGAGUACUUAUUAGGUUUUGCAGAUUCUAUAGAGUAAAGGGUUUUUUAGAUGCUGGUGGUGCAAAGCAAUAUCUUUCCUAGAACAAUGUCAUGGAAAGCGAGGAAGGUAGCGCAGGUCAGCAGAUUAGGGUGGAACUCUUGAUGGUAUAUCAGAAAACAAGUGUUUUCUUUCAACUCCCUGGCCUGUAUUAGUGAUUUUGCAUGAACACUCUGAAAUAUGUGGACCUUUUCACAGAUGGUAAAGAGGGAAAUACCAACUGAUAGAGAAGGGCAUAUUACUUAAAGUGUUCUUUCACUGUGUAAUGCCUGUCUUCUUCACACACAGGUUUUGGGAAGAGUUUUGCUGCUUCUAAUCGACCAGUAACACUCUGUUCUGUGCCCUUUAUUUUGUGUCGGUGACUGGAAGCUGAGUGGUUAAUGUCUUGAGGAGGUUGUAGAAAAAAAAUCAGAUGCUUUACAUAGUGUAUUCAGAAGAUAAGCCUCCUCUUAGUGGUAGAGUAUAUUCUUCUGUAAAUAAAGAUUAGGCUAAGAUGAUGAAACACUUUUAUUUUCUCUGCAGUAAGCAAUUUUUUUUACCAAGUCUAGAACAGCUGCUUUGGAUAGGUUGUGUUUGAAGCAUUGUACAUGCUUCUGAAGAAGUCUUCCUCAUUCUUGACUUGAGACCCUCGAGUUCACAAAGUGCCCAGAUAUUUUUUGUUCCUAGCUAGUUGUUCUGACAGCCUAAAUGUAUCUUCCAUUAAUAUUUUUCCAUGAACUGAUCCACCAUCAUCUCAUGAUGUGAUGUUGUGUAUCCCAGAAAGGGUACUCCUGACCUUUUUCAAUGGGAUCCAAAUCAUAGUUUACAGUGUGUAUGGCUAUGAUACCAACCUGGAAAUAUGAUCAGAUUUAGGAUAUGAAUUAUCACUGUUCUUAUCAUUUCAGAUGAAGUCAGUAGUAGCCUGGGUUGCAUUGGUACUGAAAUCAGUGACAGAUCUCACAUUUAUAAAAGCUGCUAUCUCUUUAUUCCUUUGCUGCAAUCCUUAGUAAAAAUCCUGGAGAAUCUACUUCGGUGACUCACUUGGGGCCUAGAUUUAUUACAUGUUGGUCUUGGUAGUGAAACUGGUCUUAAGAAACCCAUCCAUCAUGAGUUGUUCAUUUUCAUCCAGCAGAUGUGUCAACACGGGGUUUUGUGGCCAUGCUAUAAACCAGUUCAUGAGUCCACCUGGGUCAAAAAUUCACCCUUUUUAGGCUUUUUUGCUUUUCACCAUUCUUAUCGCAGCAAUGCAGUGACAGCAGUUGCCUCCAAAUCGCUGUAUCAACAUGUGCUGUGUCGCUGGCCUGAGACUCAGAAUUGCCCACAUUUACACUAUUGGCAAGGAUGGUCUAGUGUGGAAUUACAGCCUUGACAUUAGACACGGCUAUGAUCAAAUGAUGACUUUCUGGAGGAACUCCUGAUCUUACUUUAAACAAAUAGAUUUUCUACAAGCAAUUUAACUGAUUUCCAUGGUCUUAUUUAAUGCAGUCUUAGGGGUUGCCCAUAUGAACACCUGGACUCACUGGUUUUCUCUGCCUCUCAUCACCUCUGUAUAAAACAGCCAUCAGGUCAUUUAUUUUGAUCUAUUUAAUAUUGUCCCUGAAGAAAAAUAUUGCUAACAGUGUACAGCGCAAUAAGCCUGACUUCUCUUGAUUUGAUAACCAGGUUCCAUCUAUGUAUGCCAUAUACUCUCUUACGAUCCAGAUUUCCUCAUAAUUAUGUCAUUUGAAGUGACUGUAUAUAGAUACUGUAGGUUCCUUCAUGAACCGGACAGAUUUUUUGGCAUAAUUUAUUGCUGCCUUUAAAGUAAUGUUUAUGAACACACCAAAGUGUGCAUUAGCUCUAAUGAGUUGUCUUAAUAUAUUGAGCAUAUCAAGGUCUGAGUGCUGUUCUGUGUUCUUUGGCUUAUUACCCGAGAUAGAGAUUUUUGUGAAAACGGAACAUUUGCUUCUUAGAGCUUUGUAACUUUUUGAAACAUUUAGCAGGAAGUCCAUACUAAAUUAUGGGUUAUGAUGAAGAAUAUCAGCAACCAAAAUCCUUUGCAAAGAGCAGAGCCAACAAUAAAUACUUUUCCCCUAUCCCAUUUCCAAUUAGUAGUUCUGUGAAGUAAACAAACAAGUAAUUAUAUAGGGUUCAAUAAUUUCUUCUCCUUCUGUCAUAUCUGGAAAGCACUCCAAAGGCAAUAUUUGCUUCUUGGAUUGGACUGCAAUCCAAUCUACCACUACAUCUUUUUGUAUUGCUUCAUUUUACAGCUAAAGAUAUAGGUAAAAGCUUAAAUCUAGACAAAGAUCUGUGAUAAGAAGGUAACUUGUCCCUUUUGUUAAGUGUAUGUAUUCAUGACAGAAAUUAAAUGGUUGUGUCAUGGAAGCAAACAUAGAGAGUUACAGAUAAUAGAGCCUCUUUCAAAUGCAAUUAAAUGUACCUCUGUCAUCUACAGACAAGAUUUGCAAAUGUGAAGGCUUCUGCCAUCAGACAUAGACAUGAGACAGUUUUACUCUCAGCAGGAUUGCUGUACAUCACUGAAUCUUGCACUUAGCGAUCUAAAUGCAAGAUGGAAUCUGGUAGAGUAGCCAGUUUUACUGAGAUGUCAGACUUUGUCCUGUGCACACCUGUCUCUGUGUGACUGUUGGAAAUAAUUAGAAAUCUUACGUUUAUCAGAAGUGUAAAAUUUGUAACUUUCUCAUUAAUUUGUUUGGUAAUAAAAACCCAGUUAUAUGGUGGUCUGUGUAGAGUUGUUUGCCCACACUGAAUUUUGUAAUCUUGUAGGUUAUCCCUUUCUUCCUUUUUUCCUUCUUUGUUUUUUACUUUAACAAGCAAGAGGACAAGUACACUAAACCGUCCUUGUCCUUUAAACUACUUUGUGAAGGGCGGGUGUUGUUCUGCCAGUGGCUUGUUCCCAGGGCUAAUUGCUUUUUAGAAUUAACAGGUUUCAUACUAUCUCAUCUGAAAAAGCAAGCAGAGUGUGAGAAUGGCACUUGGUCAGUGUAAAGGGCCAGGCUGCUCUGGGAUCUUGCCUGUGACAGGGACUAAGCAGAUGCUGAGGAAUGACUAUGUGUGGUGAUACUUCUCCAGGCUAUUCCUCAGUAAUUUGUGGCUCAGGGACUUCUUGACCCAGUGGUGGUGGAUGUCAGCUUAGCAGGUUCUGAUGGAAUCCUUUUCCAUAGAUUUGCUCAGCCUCAUGUUUGAUUGAUUAUUCCUAGUUCCAGUGCCACUAUGUGGUCAUCUUUACAUCAUCAUUACCGUCUUGUAUGCAUGAGAACAUUUGUCAAUAAACUUUUUUGAUUUUCCACUUUCCUCAGUCCUUCUGCAGAGGUCAUGUUUUCUGCCUUUUGUUUGCUUUUCUUAGAAAUCUCUCCAAUUUUGGAUGUGUAAUGAUCAAAGUGUGGUGAAAUACUCCAGACGAACCUCAGCAGUGCAGAGUACAGAGUAAUAAUUACCUCCCAUAAAACACCAAACCAUUCAAAUAUCAUUUGAGUCCAUAUACAAAGAAAAAUACUUUCAGAUCUUUUAGCCAUGGCUAUUAGAAUGGCAAAUGAAAAUAUUUGGUGGAGGAGAAAUAUUUAUUCACUAUCAGCGGGAUUUGGCUGGACAAUGUUUUUCUUUGCUAACAAAACAAAAAGUUGUUAAAACAAAAUGAUCUCCCAGCAGCUGCCACCUGGUCUAACACAAACUAAAGAUGCCAAACAACACUUGUUUAAAUUUUAGCUUGACUUUUCAGAGCUAUUUUGGUCUCUGAUGAAUAAGCAUGUAUUGCAAAAUACAUUAUCACACAAGAAACGUGGCAGUGGAUAAAUGGAUAUCAGAGAUCAAACCAAAGGCCUCUGUGGCUAAUUUUUAAAAUGCUUAGUGGUGUGUUUUAUUUCUCAUAAUAUUUGAUUCCCUCCUGUAUAUGUGUUUAUUUUGCUACCUUUGAUUUUAAAUGCUAAAAAAUACAUUUGAUUUAUUCAACUUGGAAAUUUGUGCAGAAAUCAGGUAAGAAGUAAUGGUAGUGUGUGAUAAGACACAGUCAUAGCUAGGGGUGAAAUCUACCUCCCUGAACUUUGCUUUGUAGAUGGAUAAAGCAAUCUGGCUUGAGCUACAGCUUGAUAUGAAACUGUUCCCAAUGUGCUGCCUCCCCUUUCACAGUAACUGCCACGGCUUGGGUUACUGGCAGCUUAUCAGAACGCAGCUUGGCUCAACAGGGUGAGUGUGCUGUUAGCCCGUGUUAGGCUUUCUGAAUUGAACACAGGAUUCUGAAAAAGUGACUGCAGUUUAGUAGACAAGGAAAAAGUUUCUCUAUUACAAAGUGGCUUAUUCUAAAAGGGUUGAAUGGGACCAAAACUUGAAUACUUUCAAUGUGAUCGGCAUAUUUUGACCCUUGUACCUUCUCAGCUUUAAAUCUUAAAGGCCUCAUGGACAGUUUGCUUUAGAGGAUCCAGUUCUAUGACAGCUUAAAUCGCUUCCUGGCAAUGAAAUCCCAGUCCCUCAUUUAGGCUGGCUUUUGUAACCAUUCAGUGAUUUAGGAUAUGGAUAGGACUGGAAGUGCAUCAGUGCUUUAACUUGCUGCUGGCUUCCUCAAUCCUAAUGAGGAUAGUGCCACUCAUUAUUUUCCUCACUCAUUUUGAUUUCUUUUGUUGUUCUUGAGGCCUAGGCUGCCCAAGACCAUUUGUGUCUUAUUCCCAAAGUUUCUAAAAACUGUCUAUGAUACUGCCAGUAAAACUGAAAUUAUUGUGCAUUUUUUUUCUUCUUACUCAUUUCAUCCUUCUGGACCCUCUGACACCCAUGGUCCUCUCCCUUUACCACCACUCUUGAGAGGUUCACGUUUUAAAAUAACAGAAAUUCUUUUUACGUGUAUUUGUAAUGGGAAGAACUAGAUCUAGAGUUGUGUACCGACUCUCUCACUUGAGAACUGAAACAGAAGCUGGACACUAUAAUGGGGAGCAUACAGUCAAAACAGAAGUAAUAAUGUAUAACAGCUCAAAUUUAUACCACACUCUUGGUGUAUAUUGGCUCUUAUAAGUGAUUGUGGCUUACUGAAAAACAUUUUAAAGUUGCAUUUUAAAAAUAACUGCAACGCUAGUACAAGGUUCCAAAAUAAGUGUCAUUAGUUGGCUUGAUUUGUGCUCAAAUCUUAAUAUUUAAAGAUUGCUUCCUGACCUCCAGCUGCAUGGAUGAGAACUGAAAAUAAUCUCAGAUUUCCAAAAGAGAGUGACCAAUCCUUUCCGUUACUUUGUGCUAUUAAAGAAAGGUCCAUUCCUAAACAAACAAAAAGAGAAACAUCAAUGCUUAAUAUCUUCAGUAGCCAUUCGUGACAGAGAAUCAUGCAUUUGAUCUCAAUAGAAGCACCAUAAAUGUGGGCUAUUUAUAAUGUUUGAUAUGUGUGUUUCAGUAAUAAUAAUAAUAGGCUUUAACUAUAUUAUGGGAUAAAAGCCAGAAAUCUAGAAACUGUCCUGUAGAUAUUUCAUCCAAAGGCCCAUCUGGUGAAAUUUAAACAAGUUCAUGUUGGCUGUUCCUGCACUGCUCAGUAUGAUGUAGUCCAAGUUUUUCAUGUCCCAGCGUGGGUGUUCACGGGUGGUCUGCAGGCACCUGUGUGCUUGAGGUCCGCAAAGGUCCGCAAAGCUUGUGGUGAUCACAGAACAGUGCUGAGUGAAACUUAAAUAGGAACAGGAUGCUUCACAAGCAUUUUGGGUUUAUUGUCUGUCUUCCUCUGUUGCAGCAUCCAUGCCAUAUGCAAUCCCACUUGUGAACUUUUUCCUUCCCACCUUUCCUUUUCAUUGGCCACGCAAACCAAUGGGGGGGGGGGGGGGGGGGGCGUUUUAUAGUUUGUUUCUCACCUGUGGGACUGUCUGUAAUGCACCCGGUAAGUUAUCCCCAACAGAAACUUAAACAUUAGUGCCAGGCUGCAAAAGAUGGGGCCUGGGCUGGAGAAGCUCCUCUGGUUUGACCACUUUUGCCAAGGGUUCUCCUGAGGUGGGUGACCAUGGGAGUGCUGAGCUAGGUGCAGUGACUCUGCAGGUGUCUUUCAAAGCUCCAGUUUUUACUAGGUCUGUCCUUUCUCUGAUUGUCUCUCUCUUCGCUCUUAGCUGCCUUCAGUAUUCUGUUGCCAACUGCUGAGGAAUUUGGCCACUUUUUUCCUUCAGUUCUGAGGCUUUCGUCUAAAUUUUAUGAAAUGAUAGGCUAGAGAGAUUCCAUGCCAAGGUGCUGCUGUGAACUCUCAGUCAUAAACUUAUAAACAGAAGGGUUCUUAGGGCUGGUGCACUGUCCUGACAUUCCUUCCAGGAAGCUUUGACCUACAUUUCAGCCUGGCCUCCUAUUUCUUCCUGGACUUCAGAACAUCCACUCCCAGGAAUUUCCUUUCCUCCUUAAUGAUUAUAAGAUGGUAAUGCCUCCUCAGCAAGACUGACCCUUGAACACAUGUUCCUCAUUAUAUGAGCCUUACUUGCUCUUUCCCACAGGAGGGUGGCACAGUCAUGCCUGAGUCUGCCUUCCCCUAAACAAGCUUGCUGCUAUCAGCAGUAGGGGCUGACCAUGUACUCUCCAGCUGCUAUGCCAAUGUGCUUUGGCUCCACAGCUGCUUGAUCCUGAGCUCAGGAAGCACUGGGAUCUAGCAGUUGUGCUUAAACCUUUCCCACAGGUAAAGAGCAUGUGUUUGCAGAAUACAAGUAUUACUAAAUCUCCCUGAAUUUUGAACCUUUUUUUUUUUUUUUUUUUUUUUUUUGAGGAUAAACAAAUUAUUUCUUAAUCUAGGGGGCUUGAAUAAUCUUUAUAAAUAUAUAUAUGUGUGUGUAUGUACAUACAUACAUAUAAACAUGCACAACCCUUUAUGAUGUAAAUGCGUAUUGCCAGGUAUCCCACUGCAAGGCUUGUCUAGCAAAGAGGUUGUAUUUUUCUCAUAUCAAACUAUUCAGUUACUUACUUGAAAGGUAAACAACAAUUUGAUUCUUGCUAUCCAAAGGCAAAAAAGAUUGUAUUCUAGCAGGCUGUGUGGAAGUAUUUCAAACCUGAUUUUACAUCUUUUAUUAGAGACGCUGCUUCAUUUUGUUUUCACUUAUUAAGGCUUUGCACCUGAGCUACUGUGAGCGCCUGUAUGCCCAUUUGCCCUGUCUUAAACAUAUAAACAAGUACAAGUUCCUCAACAUCUCCUACCUGCUAAGUCUUAGCAUUUGCCUAAACAGGGCCUAAAGGUGGCAUAGAUUGCCAAGGAACCACAGGGAAGGGAAAGAAAACAAUCUUGAUUAGCUGCUGCUUAAUUGGCUAAUAAAUGAGAGUUAAAAUGUAAGAGGAAAUGUUCAAAACAACAAACUGCAGCAAGAGACUUCUGGCAGGGCUACAGAGGAAAAUCACAUGAUACAUUCUGCAGUUUGCAGACACUGGAAGGAUCCACAAUUUCUUGUCCAUGUGGAGACAGGAAACACUCACCAGACUGGUAGUCUUCAGCAGCUUUUAAAAAAAGCCUCUAUUUUAUCUACGUUUCAUUUCCACAAAAGCCUCGGUGCUGCUGUCUCAAGCUGUGUGUAAUCAAUCUGUGCAUCUCUUCCUUUAAGUUCUGGGUGAAGUCUCCUUGCUUGCACUGCACUGAAAACGUGCGUGCUUCGGCGCUGUGGAGUCUGCCCUGCACCCGCCCCGCCAGUUGCAGAUGCUGCGUUAAGCACAGUUCAUUCGAUGGGCCUCAAGGAGGUUGACAUCAGCAGGUCCUUAAAGCAGGUAUGAAGCCUGGCGGCUGGCUGUGCUAGGGCUCCAAGAACUCAAGUUCUGGGUUGAAUGUAGGCAGUAGCAGGAAGACAUUCCUUGAUGCUGACCUUUUGUUGUGAUAGAGUUUCCUGCCUAUGAUAUUUUCCCAAAUUAUUUUGUUUCUCUUUUUUGUACUUUCAUUUACUUCCUUUGUUUUUCCCAUGGAUAUGAAUCAGGACUUAAAGUCUUUUUUACAUAUUUAAUCAUGUACAUCACCAGGAUUAUUUUUAGGCCAUUUUAAAAUAUGUGGCUUCCCCUGGUUUCAGAAGUAGUUUUCUCAACUGUAAUGCUAACCACAUUUAAAGUCCCUUUAGUUGCUAUUAUUUCUUCAGCAUCUGUUAUAAAAUUCUGCCUCACUAAUGCCUGUAUCAUUUAUUCUCUUUAUCCUGUAUCCCUGACAGUUGACAGGUGGAGUGGAUGUGGCUUAUCCAUUCUCCAAUUAGUAAUGAUUGAAUGGAAUAGAGAAUGCUUAUACAGGGAUGCAAAAAUGCUGUAUGAGCACUUUGCUUCACUUUUUAUACAGAAUUUUAUUUAUAAUUCCACUUUCAUCCUGAAGAUUAAAUUAAUUUUAAGCAAUCCUGGCAAUAGUUUCUGCAGUAUUUUUUGCUGAUUCCUUGGUAUAAGCACUUAAGUAAUGAGCACUGGUUACUCUUUUCUGAAUAAGUGAUGACUGAAGAAAGAAUGUUUUUCUGUGUUUCAUAUGCUUCCCGUCGUACCUUCCCAACAUCCUUCAGAGACCUCUGUGCUGUGACAGCUGCUGGCAAAACCCCUUUUAGCAUCAUCUAAAUGCCUGGGUAGAUGGGGCUUUAGGAAGAAAAUAAUGUGUCAGUUGAGGCCACUGGUAGCAGGUAAAUCUUUAAUCCAGGAACUGGGCUUAGGGGCUCUGCAGGAGAUGUAUUCUAUUUGUGUGUGACUCCUAAGAGACAGACUUCCUUUGCAGGCUUUGAAAGUGCCAAAAAAGCGGCAACAAGACAGAGUGACUCUUUUUAUCUGCAGCUUUUUGGUUCCCUCAUAAUGCUUAGCCUUUUUCUCAGAACUUAUCAAAGGCUGUGUUCUGCUGCUGUUAGGAGCUGUGGCUGAUGCACACCUCUUCCUGUAAGCAUUCCCUGAUCUGGUUUUAGAGUUAACAGCUAUUGACCACUCUCUUCACUUAGGUACAACCCACUCUCACCUAAUUCACAUCCCCAGGAAGGCAAGCUCAAAAGAUUACUGGGAAGAAGGGAAAUAAUUUGAUCAUAAAAGGCAAGAGGCGAGGGAGGAGUAUUUUUUUCUUAUCUUUUGAAUCUUGCUGCCAAAUUGGUGCAUAAUAAAUUGUGCAAAAGGUCUUGCUUAUUGUUUGCUGUUUUCGGGUUUGUGCGUUUGUUUUGGUAUUGAAUACUGAACAGAUCCAGUUGCUGUUAGAAGGAGAUGUCUGUCUACUAAAAAGGAAUCCAUAAUGUUUUCCUGUACUUGGAGACUUCUUGAAUGCUAAAUUGCCUGUGUGUGUACUUCAUAAUGUACCAUAUGCAAAUAUUCUUCAGGAAUUGAUACUACCACUUCAGUCAAUAUUUUGUAUGUUAGAAUUGUAUGUUUCCUAUACUGCCAAGAAUGUAUCUAUAUCUAUGAAGACUUAAGAUUGUACCUUUUUGAGCAAGCCACUUUCUUCAACCAUCUGAAACUCUCUUCCUGUUUCUCAAGUUUUCUGCUAAUUUAUUAGACUCUUGUGUUAUAUUGUGUACUUUUUGUAUCAGUUGUAUUGCUGUAUUUCUUCUUUCUUUCAUUAAAAUCUGUUCUUCUCAUUC